AUGGACAAUCUAUCUUAUGCAUCAGCUUUUAAACUUACUGCAUUUGACAACUUGGGAAACAACAAAUAUGCCUAUUUUUCUGUUACAUUAACAGCUUAUACCUUAAUAGUAAUUUUGAAUAUAUCAAUAAUUACCAUAAUAAUCACAGAAAGAAGUCUUCAUGUUCCCAUGUAUAUUAUUUUAUGUAAUUUAUUUUUUAGUGCACUAAUAGGUUCUACAAGUUUUUAUAUAAAAUUAAUGAUUGAUCUUCUAGCUGAUAAUCAUGUUGUUCCUCGCUUGCUUUGUUUCAUGCAGAUAUUUUUCAUAUAUGUUUAUAUGAUGGCAGAAUUUACUAUUUUAACACUUAUGGCCUAUGACAGAUAUACUGCUAUAUACACUCCCUUACAAUAUAACACCAUUAUGACACCCAAAAGAUUGAGUACAUUAAUCAUUUUUGCAUGGGUUUAUCCUAUUUGUAUGAUGGGCAUUGCAGUAUUACUUUCUGCCAGGCUUCCAUUAUGUGGUAAUCAAAUUGAUAAGUCCUACUGCAACAACUGGGAAGUCGUAAAGCUUUCUUGCAUAGACUCAACAGCCAAUAAUGCAUAUGGAUCUGCAGUGUUUGGUUUGUUUAUUAUUCCUGUUGCUUUCAUCAUAUAUUCCUAUGUAAAAAUCAUUAUAGUUUGCUGGAACAGUCCCAGCUCUCAUAAACAUAAAGCUUUGCAAACUUGUCUCCCACAUUUAAUAACCCUAGUCCUGUAUUUAAGUUCUCUUCUUUUUGAAAUUACUGUCAGUCGACUGAACUUGAAAAAUGUCCAAAAUUCUGUCAGUACCAUCGCAUCCUUAGAAUAUCUCAUAAUUCCUCCUCUUUUAAAUCCAGUCAUAUAUGGAAUGAUUCUCCCUGAGAUACGUAAAAAAGUUUUUCAUAUACUUGAAAAAAAAGGAAGACAUUCCCAUUUAAGUAAGUCAGUAACUUUUUUAUUAAUAUCUUGA